CUCCUCCUUUCUGCCUGAACCGACAUGCCCAAAGGAAAGAAGGCUAAGGGGAAGAAGGUGGCACCUGCCCCUUCGGUGGCCAAGAAGCAUGAGACCAAGAAAGAAGUCAACCACCUUUCUGAGAAGAAGCCAAAGAACUUUGGCAUUGGCCAGGAUAUUCAGCCCAAGCGUGAUUUGACACGCUUUGUCAAAUGGCCGCGCUACGUUCGCCUACAGAGGCAGCGCUCCAUCUUGUACAAGCGCCUAAAGGUCCCCCCUGCCAUCAACCAGUUCUCUCAGGCUCUCGACCGCCAGACCGCCACACAGCUGUUCAAGCUGGCCCAUAAGUACAGACCAGAGACCAAGCAGGAGAAGAAACAGAGGCUGCUGGCCCGCGCUGAGCAGAAGGCAGCCGGAAAGGGUGAUACACCUACCAAGAGGCCCCCUGUUCUCCGUGCAGGUAUCAACACUGUCACCUCCCUGGUGGAGAGCAAGAAAGCCCAGCUGGUAGUCAUUGCCCACGACGUAGACCCCAUUGAGCUGGUGGUUUUCCUGCCCGCUCUGUGCCGCAAGAUGGGCGUCCCUUACUGCAUCGUGAAGGGCAAAGCUCGCCUGGGCAAGCUGGUGCACAGGAAAACGUGCACCUCCGUGGCCUUCACACAGACCAACCCAGAGGAUAAAGGUGCACUUGCCAAGCUUGUGGAAGCAAUCAAGACCAACUACAACGAAAGAUAUGAAGAGAUCCGUCGUCACUGGGGAGGCAACAUCUUGGGGCCCAAAUCCACUGCUCGCGUCGCCAAGCUGGAGAGGGCAAAGGCCAAGGAGCUGGCAACCAAGCUUGGCUAAAUUGUUUGGAAUAAAAAAAAUAUGUUCUAAAAAAA